ACAUGAAACUUAGAAACCAUUACCAGGGAUCAUCCAAAGAUAAGAAGAUUUCCCCACCAAAAAGAAAAAAUUGAAGAGUGGCUACAAAGUCUUCAACAAUUCCGAAACGGCAAAAUUAGUAACUGUCGCACAGCUGUUGUGCAUCCUCUUAAAAAAACUGACAAACAAUCGACCGCUUUUGGCUUGUGAUCGGCCCGCCAUGGGGUCCGGUUCCUUUUUUAAAGUUUCCAUGUCACAAGAGUGGCAUCUUCCCCAUGCUCUCUGUCUCUCUCUUAACAUUAUGGCAUGAAUGGCUUGUUAGUGUCGUGUUUGUUUUAAACCGUCAGUUUCUUUGGUUGUCAAACUGACGAAGCACCAAUUACAUGAAGCAAAAGCUGGGCGCCUCUCGUGUUAAUCUCUUUCAAUUCUUGCCUCUCACUAUUCAAGUGUUGCACUUUGAAGGCAAAAAUGAAUUUCCUGAGUUCAGGAGAGAGAAUUAAGUCUACCCAAUUACGGAAGUCUUCUAACGCUUUCAGAUCUGCUGUCUCAGAUCGUGUUUGUUAGACUUCAUCAGUUUCAGGGGUGACUCGACUGCCUCGUGAAAGAGAGAGAGAAAAUGGCCAUUGCUUCUUCUGUCUGCACAUGGCUAGUUGCAGCAUGCAUGUCUAGAACGGCUCUGUGCGUUACGGAGGAGAAGAAGCGUCCCAUCGAGCAGGGCCUCGGCAGGUUGGCUCGGAGGAAGAAGCUUGCUUCUCUUAUGAACGUCUGCUCCUCCGGCUCGUCGCUCGGCCAACUUGGUGCCGGGACGUUCAGCUGCUCCUCCUUUCUGAAUCAAGCCUUCAAGGGAAGCCAAAAUUACUACCAGUACAGUUGGGCCGGACCUUUAUCUGGGCAGUGUGGCUUACCUCUGCUCUCUGUUGCCGAAGGACGAGACGUCUUCGGCCAUGGGGAGAAGAGAUCCAAGAGGUUCGCUGCCGGAACUGUUGCAGCAAGAACGAGGCAAUCAACAGACAAAGUGGCUACAGAGAAGAACAAGGAAGCUCAGCAAAGGAGAGUUGUUGUUACAGGGAUGGGUGUGGUGACCUCGUUAGGCCAUGAUCCUGAUACAUUCUACAAAAACCUCCUUGAAGGUGUCAGCGGAAUAAGUGAAAUUGAAUCAUUUGAUUGUUCGGGCUUCCCAACUCGGAUUGCAGGGGAAAUCAAAUCCUUUUCACCUGAUGGAUUGGUUUCACCAAAAAUCUCCAAGCGAAUGGACAAGUUUAUGCUCUACAUGCUCACUGCUGGCAAACAAGCAUUGAUUGAUGGUGGCUUGACGGAAGAGACCAUGAAGAACCUUGAUGUGGCAAAAUGCGGCGUCCUGAUCGGCUCCGGAAUUGGUGGAGUCCAGGUACUUUAUGAUAAUACGGUAGCUUGCAUGGUGUCGCAUAAAAAGAUGAGCCCAUUCUGUGUACCUUUUGCUGUACCGAAUAUGGGGUCCGCUACACUUGCAAUGGAUUUGGGUUGGAUGGGUCCUAAUUACUCGAUUUCAACUGCCUGUGCUACAAGCAACUUUUGCAUACUGAAUGCAGCUAACCACAUUAUGCAGGGCGAAGCUGAUGUAAUGCUAGCUGGUGGCUCUGAAGGCGCAGUUCUACCCAUCGGCAUUGGAGGUUUCCUGGCAUGCAGAGCACUAUCCCGGAGAAAUCAUGAACCUGAAAAAGCCUCUCGCCCAUGGGACAGUAACCGAGAUGGAUUUGUAAUUGGAGAAGGAGCUGGUGUUUUGCUGUUGGAAGAACUAGGACAUGCCAAGCAAAGAGGAGCUCACAUAUAUGCGGAAUUUCUUGGUGGAGCCUUUACUUGUGAUGCAUAUAGCUUGACACAGCCACAUCCUGAAGGUAUGAGAAGAGUAUCGGGCAGAGGCAUCAUUCUUUGCAUGGAGAAAGCCUUGACUGUGACAGGUGUAGCGAGAGAAAAUGUGAACUAUAUCAAUGCACAUGGCGCUUCAACACAAGUUGGCGAUACGAGAGAGUUCAAAGCUAUGAUAAAAUGUUUCGGUCAGAAUCCUCAGCCUGAGUUACGUGUUAAUUCUACCAAAUCAAUGAUUGGUCACCUACUUGGAGCAGCAGGGGGAGUGGAGGCUGUUGCUACAAUACAGGCAAUACGAUCAGGUUGGGUACAUCCAAACAUCAAUCUGGAAAAUCCAGAUACAGGCAUGGAUGCCAAGUUGCUGGUUGGCACCAAAAAGGAGAGGCUAGAUAUCAAAGUGGCUAUGUCGAAUUCGUUCGGCUUUGGUGGCCACAGUUCUUCCAUACUGUUUGCUCCUUACAAGGAGAUAAAAUAAGUGGCUGCACCAGUGAUGCUUUCCCAAGUGGAAAUGAUGAAGAAAAAGAAAAGGACAGCAGCGUCUGUGCAUUGAUUCUAAAUGUCCGCUUUGAUUAUCAUCAGUUGGUAUAAUUGGUGUAAGCUUAUUAUUUAUCAUCUAUUAGAUCG